UUCAGAAUGGCUAAAAACGAAGCAAAUAAAAAAAGAAAGAUAACAGAAGUUUUUCAGGAACAUUUGGAAACCAAAACAACCAAAAUUUUAAAAGAAAAAAAUGACAAUUCUGACAUUCCUAGUAACAAGAAGGCCACUAAAAAAUUGAAAAAACAAAUUAGAGAGGAUAUCAAGAAAGCCAAAAUAUCAUCAAAGAAAAAAAAAAGAUUUGAAAAAUAUGUUCAACACCAAUUACACAAAGCCGAGUCCAAAAAAUUACUUGAAAAGUUAGCUGUGCAACAAAAUGAAUUGGAAAAGUUGCAAGAAACUUCAGAAAAAAACAAUAAUCAGGAUAGCUCCGAUGCUGAGGAAAACAAACUAGAAAAUGCUAAGAAAAGAAGAAACAAAAGAAGAAAUGCCAAAAAAAGGGAAUUGAAAACCUCUAUUUUAGACUCAACCGAACCACCAAAUUUGCAAGAAAGUAAUCAACCAAAAUCAUCAUUUAUUGAUUUCAGACCAGUUAAUGGCUCCUUUGGUUUCAAAAACUUACCUGCAAUAGCAAAACGUUUAAAAGUUCCAAAGAAAACAUGGAGAGAAAGAUUGGAAAAAAAUGUCGAGAUUGAGCAAGAAGAUGAUCAUAACAGCUCAAGUGACACCGAUAUCGAACUUGACUCCGAUGCUGAAAGUACUCUUUCUGAUGAGGAGGAAGAGAACAUAACAAGAGUUGAGGAUGAUAAAAGUAAUGAUGAGAAUAGUGAUAAUAAUAGUGAUAAUAAUAGUGACAGUAAUAGUGAUAGUGACAGCGACAAUGACAGUGACAAUGAUAGUGACAGUGAAAGUGAUAAUGAGAAAACAGAAAAUAAAAAUACAUACAAUAUGGAUGCAAAAAUUCAAUUUAAAGAGUUUGUUGAUUCAAUGAAUAAACCCAAGUCAACCAAUAUUGAACAAUUGCCUAAGAUUGAUUCUUCGGUUUUGAAAAGUCUUCAACAUCAAAAUGACAAUGACUUAGAUUCAUCUGAUGAUGAAAACAACCCUAUUCAUGAAAAAGAAGAAGAGCCACCAGAAUUAAAGUAUCAAAAAGCUAAGUAUUUUACAAUAGAUAGAGAUCCCGAGAUUCAGAAAAUAAGAGAAAUUCUACCUGUUUAUGAAAAUGAAUUUGAAAUCAUGGAAAAAAUCAAUAACAGUGAUUGUGUUGUAAUAUCUGGAUCUACAGGUUCUGGAAAGACUACUCAAUUACCACAAUUUUUAUAUGAAUCAGGCUAUACGCUCAAAGGAAUGAUAGGAAUUACUCAACCAAGACGUGUUGCUACUGUUUCUAUGUCAAAGAGAGUUACAGAAGAAUUAGGCUUUGAAAAUGGUAAAUUGGUUGGGUAUCAAAUUCGUUUUGACUCUAAAGUUUCUGAUUCCACAAAAAUAAAAUUUAUGACUGAUGGUGUUUUGCUAAGAGAAAUGAUGUCAGAUUUUUUAUUGACAAAAUAUUCAGCCAUAAUAAUUGACGAAGCUCAUGAAAGAAAUAUCAAUACCGAUAUUUUAAUUGGAAUGCUUAGUAGAGUAAUCAAGUUGAGAAGAAAAAAGUAUGUCAAUGAUCCUAAUAGUUUUCAGCCUUUAAAAUUGAUUAUUAUGUCUGCCACUUUAAGAGUCUCAGAUUUCACUGAAAACAAAAAGCUAUUUAAAAACCCUCCUCCUACUUUCAAUGUUGAUUCUCGAACUUAUCCUGUGGCUGUUCAUUUCAAUAAAAGAACUGCGUUUAACUAUUUAGAUGAAACAUUCAGAAAAGUUUGCAAGAUCCAUCGAAAAUUACCUAAAGGUGGAAUAUUGAUAUUUCUUACUGGUCAACAAGAGAUCCAUGAUAUGGUAAAACGCUUAAAAAAAGAAUUUCCAUUUCCAAAAAAUCAGAAUAACACACAAGCUAAUAAAAAAAAUAAAGGCGAAAAAGAUUUUCCUGAGGUAAGGGUUAGUUCUAAAUAUACUAACACUGAAGUUGAAGAAAUUGAUUUUGGAGUGACAAGAAAUAACUACAAAAGAAUUUUAGAGAUUGAAGAUGAAGAGUUUAAUGAUGAUUUUGAGGAGGAAGAUGAAGAAGGUUUUGAAGAAAGUUUGGAAAGUGAUCAAACAGUUAGUGAUCCACUUCAUGUCUUGCCGUUGUAUUCUCUUCUUCCAACAGCCCAACAAAUGCAAGUUUUCAUGGAUCCCCCAGAAGGAUCUAGAGUCUGUAUCGUUGCUACCAACAUUGCUGAAACAUCCAUUACUAUACCAAAUAUAAAAUACGUGGUUGAUUGUGGUAGAGAAAAGCAGCUCAAGUACAAUGAAGAAAAUGAUGUAACAAGCUACGAAGUUGGAUUCAUAAGUAAAGCUAGUGCUGAUCAAAGAUCUGGUAGAGCUGGCAGAACUGGGCCGGGACAUUGUUAUCGAUUAUAUUCAUCAGCUCUUUUUGAAAGCGAAUUUGAACAGUUUUCCAAACCCGAAAUCUUAAGAAUGCCAGUUGUUAGCACUAUUCUUCAAAUGAAAAGUAUGGGAAUUGAUAAUAUUUUAAAUUUUCCUUUUCCCACCCCAAUCUCUCACAAAUCAUUAUUUAAGGCUGAACAACUAUUAAAAUAUCUAGGAGCCAUAGACAACCAAGGAAUAAUAACUGAAUUAGGGAAGAAAAUGAGUUUAUUCCCUAUUAGUCCCAGAUUUGCAAAAAUGUUAAUUCUUUCAAAUCAAUUGGACUGCAUGCCAUUUAUCGUGGCAAUCGUUAGUGGAUUAACCACAGGAAGUCCUUUUUUUAAAGAGCAGGAACUAUCAUUUUUAAACCGAAAUAAGGAUUACAACAGUAAUGAUGAUGAUAAAAUUGAUUUUGACGAGACUUUUGAUGAGAGACCUGAUAAUCAAUUGAGAGCCCAAUAUUACAAAUCACAAAAAUUGUUUUGCAAGUAUGAUCAAAAUUCUGAUGUUUUCAAGUUAUUGACAGCAGUUUGUGCUUCUGAUCAUGUUUCAAGAUUAGAAAAAAAAGAGUUUUUCAAAAGACAUUUUCUAAGAGAAAAAACCAUGGAAGAAAUAAGUAAACUACGGAAACAGCUAUUGUAUAUUGUUAAAUCAAUUACAUCAAAGGAAGAUAUUGCUGUUACUGUUCAAUCAGAAUAUUCAAAGGAAUUCAAGUUGAGUCCACCAAGCAAAAAACAGAUUAAUGCUUUAAAGCAAAUGAUUACAGCUGGUUUUAUCGAUCAAAUUGCCAUUAGAGGUGAUUUAGCAUCUUCUGAUGUUCAAUUUACAAACAAAAGCCGAAUAAUGAGUAUUCCUUAUAAGACACUAUUUUCUACGAAAUUUGAUCUUGAUGAUGAUGCUUACGUUUAUAUUCACCCAGGCAGUAUAUUGAUGAACUGCGGAGAGCUACCACCUCCCUACUUAGUUUAUCAAACAGUGAAUUUAUCAUCGUCCAAAUCCUCUUUGGAGGACAAUAGAAAUAGAAAAAAGAGGAUCAAUGUGCUAUGUGACAUAGAUGGAAAAGCUUUGACUAACAUAGGUAAAUUAAGCAGCUUAGUCACCUAUUCAAAACCUUUGGGUCCUCCAUACGAACCAAAGUACUCUGAAAACAAUAUAAACGAAAGAAUAUGUUAUGUAGUUCCACGGUUUGGAGCUGCGAUUGGUAGUGGUGGAGUAGGAUGGGACUUACCUGUGGUAAAAGUCACUCAGGAGAGAAUUAAUGGUGUGUGGACAGUAGUGUGAUGGUAAAUUUUAAUUAUUAGAAGUUGAUACAUUUCUUAUCAACAAAAGAUAAGUUUGUUUUCUUAUCAAACCAUUCAGGGCUUUAGUAUUCUAUAAGCCCUAUUUGCAAACACGAGGCAUUUUCUUUGAGCUUUGUUUAUACUUUUGGAGGGCAUCGCUCCCAAC